GUUAGAGGAGAGGACUCUAUCUAGUAUCUAGAUAUCUAUUAUCUAGAGUCUAGGGUGGGAGCUGCAGACAAUAUUUUCAUACUCGUCUAUAGCCUCGCUUGGGGGCGAAAACGCAUGAAGCGCCGCGCCGAUCUUGAUUCGGCUUUCUGCUUGCCGAUCGGUGUUUCACUGCGCUGUUCUCUCCCAGAGGUUAAUGGAUGUCAAUUAGAAGUUGGUCCACUGUCGGGCAGCGGUCUGGCUGCUGCGUCACUGAAUGUCAUAUGUUUCCUCGAUUUUUGUCGUCAGGAACCCCCGUAAACAAUCAAGGAAGAAGGUGAAGGACGGAGUAAACAUACAAAAUGAAUGAGCAAAGUGAUAAGCAUGCAGAUAGAGUGGAUCUCGACUUAUCUAACACAAGUCAGCUGUUACCUGCUGAAGAAAGGCAGAAUGAGGGAAGGUUGACCAACGAAGAAACUACUGAUGCUAAAUGCAAAAACUGUGAUAACAAGGCUGUUGGGCGCAUGGGCAAAAUCAUGGCUGGGGUUUCCCCAACGACAAUGUGCCCUUCAAUGACAAAGCUGCAUUUUUUUGCUACUCGCGUUGAAAUUUAUGCCAUGCUAGGUGCUCUUUUGUAUGUCCUGAUUUCUUUCUCCUGGGCUGAAACUGUCCGUGAUCCUAUUCUGCAGCUUGCUGGUCUGUUUGUCCUGGCUCAAAUAUUUGGCAUUCUAGUGGAAUUUGUCCAUCUCCCUCCCUUGUUGGGCAUGCUUAUGGCUGGAAUUUUUCUUAGGUAUAUGAACUAUUUUCAUGCUGAAGGGACUUUCUUAAAGUUGACUUCUACCAUAAGAGCAUGUGCAAUGACUAUGAUAUUGUUACGUGCAGGACUUGGACUUGAUCCAUCUGCAUUGUGUCGCCUGAGCACAGUAGUUUUACGACUGGCUAUCAUCCCUUGCACAUUAGAAGCAAUCGCAAUAGCUGUUGCCUCUCACUAUUUUCUGAAUUUUCCGUGGCUGUGGGGAUUUUUACUAGGCUGUGUUCUUGGUGCCGUAUCUCCUGCUGUAGUAGUACCAUCCCUAUUAUGGCUGAAAUCUGAGGGCUAUGGAGAGAAUAAAGGCAUAAGCACUCUAGUGACUGCAGGUACUUUGCUGGACAACAUUUUUGCAAUCACUGUAUUUGGAAUAUUUCUUUCUGUGAUAUUCUCACAAGGUUCCAUUGCAGCAACUGUGAUGCAAGGUCCUCUGGAAGUAUUAAUUGGAAUAACAUGGGGAGUUUUGAUGGGAGUGAUAUCCAUUUACAUCCCUCACUCUGAAGAUAAAUCUGUAAUUUUGUCACGCACAAUAAUGGUUGGUGCAAGUGGACUUUUGGCAGUGCUCGGAAGUCAGCUGGUUGGCUACCCAGGUGCAGGCCCCCUUGGUUGUAUAGUUGGUGCCUUUGUUGCUGGUUGUGGUUGGAGAGCUUUCAGUCCAGUUUCUACAUAUGAGCCUGUGCUGCUUUAUUUGUCAGAAAGCUGGCUGUUCCUCCAACCUUUCCUCUUUGGAUUAAUUGGCACUGAAAUAAAUCUUUCAGCCAUCUCUGGUGCAAAUACUGGAUUAGGUGUUGCCGUAAUGAUAACUGGUGUUCUGGUACGUCUCAUUGCCUGUUGCGUCUCAGUAAUGGGGUGUGGACUAACUUUCAAGGAGACCCUAUUUGUUAGUUUGUCUUGGCUACCAAAAGCAACUGUUCAGGCUGCCAUCGGACCAGUCGCAUUAGAUCUGGCACGUAGCGAUCAAUUGGAUGUAGAUGGGAGGAUACAGUUAGCGGAACAAGUCCUCACUGUUGCUGUGCUGUCCAUCCUGUUAACUGCCCCCCUCGGUGCAAUAGGGAUUUUAGGGGCAGGUCCCCGCCUCCUCAAUAAAAGUACCACCAAUCAUAUCUUGGAGGGAGAGCUGGAAGUUGCUGAACGGAAUAAUGAUAUGAUAUAAUUUCACUUUACCUCACUUUAAUGUGAAUCUCUAAUUGAGUCUCUCUACUUAAUGCGACCAUAUGGGCCAUAUGGGCUCUGUAAUAUCCUUUACUAUGUUUUUAUCCAUUACAUAAUGGGGGCUCUUUCCUCAGUGAUGAGCCAUCCAUCAACAAGAUCCAUGUAUGUACUUAUGCUUUUAUUUUGUGAUUUACCAUGUACUUUAAAAUUCAAUGAGAGGACAUUGUGUUCCUUCUCUAAGAAUCAUAGGUCAGCCUAAAUCAUCUAGGGACCAAAACUUCUCAGAGUGUUAUUUAUGUUUUAUUGUUGUGCUACAGUACUUCCAUUUUCUCUUAUAAUUCUUCUGCUAACUUAAACUUUGAAUAAGUAAAUCAACGACAAAAUAAUCGUUACCCUGUAAGUGUAGUAGAGUGUGAUAUGGUGACACUAAAUGUUCCUGAGUGUUUCAAACUGUUUGACUGAUUGCUUAAGGUAAGGCGUGUUUUUAUAUUAUUAUUAUUAUUAUUUCAAAUUAUUUUGAUACUGUAAUUAAAGGCCAAAACCCACUUAAUCUAUUUUGUAGUUUAAAUAAAUAAAACAUAAGAUAAAUACAUUGUGUUCAAAGA